AUGAAUAAACCCCAGAUUAAACAGGAUAAUCCGGAGCCGAUGCCAAAGAACAGACAUUCGAUCACUCCGCCGACAAGAUUGAGCAAAUUGCAGGUGGACAAUGCCGAGAGGAGAAAAACGCUGUCGAAGUUCUCAAUGAUUGGUAUCAAUGGCAGCCCCAUGUUCUUUCACAGGCGCGGGGAUCGACUUAAGAUGCCGAAAUACCAGAAUACCUUCCGCCUGCUGCCGUUUAAACCCUUUCACGCGUUGGCAGUCGACAAAAUCGUUCGUGACGUGAUGGAGACUAAAUUAUUGGCGAUUACGUCAUACGAGCCGGAUCACGCGUCAAAAUUAUGUUUGGAAAUUGCCGCCGAUGUGCUGAAAGCCGUCGAGAAGAAGGAUUACGACAGACGCAAGCUGGUGGUGCAGGUGAACAUCAUUCAGCGCUACCGUCAAGGUAUCUGUGCGGCUUUUCAGUGUCUCUGGGACGUGGAGCACGAUAAUUACUCGUAUCACGUAUCGGAGAACGAUCACGUGCACGCGUGGUGCUGCGUGUUCGGUAUAUAUUACGACUAA